CGCCUGUCUCCGCUCCCGUCCUGCUCCCUCCGGUGCAACUAUCAGACUUCAAAUUCUAAAAUGAGCAAGAAGGGUGCUGCUAAGCCUAAGGAUGAGACUACCUAUGAAGUACGAGAUAUCGUGCUUGCCAAGAUACGCGGUUUUCCGCAUUGGCCUGCGCAGGUGGUAGAUCCGGCGAACGUCCCUAGAGACGUUGCGAAGGAACGGCCUGCUGGCAAAAAAUCAACUUUCUACUGCGUGAGGUUUUUCCCCGCAGGCGACCAUGCAUGGGUACCUCCAAAGGACCUAUCAAAGCUGCAGAAACACGAGAUUGAAGCAUACAUAAACGACCCUCCAAACAAGAAGAAAGGCGGCGACCUUCUAAGCGGCUACCAAAUCGCGCUGAACCCUGAGCCGUGGGAGCGUGAGAUGGAAGCUAAGCGGGAGGCUGCUGAGGAAGCCGAAGCGGACGAGGAGGUGGAUGAGCUCGAGGGCGAAGAAGAGGCAGACGAAGACGAGGAGGAGCAGCCUGCAAAGGUGAAAAAGAGAAAGCGCGAGUCUGAAGGUACUACAAAAACGAAAGCGAAACCCAAGAAGGAGAAGGAUGCAGGUGAGGGGGCUGCGAAAAAGAAGAAAACUUCGGAUAAGGCGGACAAACCACCCAGAUCUAAGAAAAACGGCGGCAAGUCCAAGGAAACUAUCGAAUCUGAGGACGAAGGAGAGCGCACGGAACAUGGCGGGUCUAGGAAGAAGACAUCUCCUCCGCCAACAAAGAAGACUAAGCGCGACAAGGACGAAGAUGGUGACGCAUCAGGCGACCUGGAGCGCGAUCCAGAGGCAGCGAAAGUCAAGGAGUUGAGGCACAAACUUCAACGUGCCUUUUUGGGAAAGUCAACACCCAAACCCGAGGAUAUGCAGGGCGUCGACUCUCUGUUCCAGCAAGUGGAAGAAUUUGACAUCUCACUUAAAUAUCUCCAGUAUUCAAAGAUCGGAAAAGUCAUGCGCCAUAUUGCAGCUCUAGAAGUCGACAAAGUACCCCGCGAUGACGAAUUCAAGUUCAAAGACCGUGCGCAAGCACUAGUGAAUAAGUGGCACAAUACAGUACACAAGCAAAAUGGUUCUGCAGAACCGCCAGCUAGUACUGCGAAUGGUGACUUCGUCGCACCUCCACCGUCGGCUCCGUCCGAAGCGCCUCUUACCGCUGCGUCAACGACGGAUGAUAGUAUUAAUAAGAAGAUGGACGAAAGUCCUAAUGCGAAUGCGAAUGCGCAGCCCGCAGUGGGUGAUACGACGCUUGCGGAAAGUGCUUUGGGCGAUGUGACUAUGUCGGAGGUUGCUGCGUGAAGAAGGAUAAUAAAGCAGAUUUUUUUCUCUUUUUUUUUUUGGCGAUUAGUUGCCUCGGUAUAAUUGUAUGGCACCCCCUUUUUGCCUUUGGCGAUAGCUUUCUCUCUUUUUUUUACGUGUUUUUCUUUGUCUCUUCUUGUGAACUACGCUUUCACUUGCUCCUCGUACCUAAUCUCUUUCUCUUCGCUUUUUCUUUUCUCUCGAUAAAAUCGCUCUCUUGCGCUACCUUGUCAACCUGUCUUUUCCAGAGCUAUGUCAAC